AUGCCUGUGGGACUGUGUUUCUCAUCUUGUCAAGUUCCUGGGAACGCCGGGAAUGGGACGUUCCCAGAGGGCAGCAACGUGGCGUACCUAUCGCCUCGGCUCUCUUGUCAGGACAAGCCGGGACCAGGAACCUUCCCGCACCUUCCCAUUCCUCAGCGGGCACCGCUGCUGCUCAGACGGGGCAUCCAAGGGCUCCCGGCCCGUUUGGGGCGGAUGGAGAGUCGCUUUGCCGCUAGCUGGAGAAGUGGGAACAGGGUCAAAGGCUUCACUGUGGCACGCUUGGCCCGGUUUUAUCUCAGCAUCGUUACCUUUACUUUUCUUGUUUCUACAGUUGAUGGUUUGGAUAAGGCUUCAAUCGCUAACUCGGAUGGACCAGCCCCAGGAUCCCAAACUCCACCCUUCAAGAGGAAGGGCAAACUCUCCACCAUUGGCAAAAUCUUUAAACCGUGGAAAUGGCGGAAGAAGAAGACUAGUGACAAAUUCAGAGAAACGUCAGCGGUGUUGGAAAGGAAGAUUUCGACAAGACAAAGCAGAGAGGAGCUGAUAAGAAGGGGAGUGCUGAAGGAAAUGCCCGAGCAAGAUGGUGAUGUAACAGUAAAUUUUGAAACUUCAAAUGGACACACCAUAGCCAUCAGUGAAGAAACCAUACAGGAAGAAAAUAUGGUAAAAGCCAGUGGAGAUAAUGGUACUUCAUCAGACAAAGCAUCAUCACUGGAAGGAAAACAAGAAGAUCAAAAAGAGAGCACUACUGAUCACUGCCCAGAAAUACCGGCAUCCCAUGCUCCACCACCACCCAAGCCUAAGCCUAAAUCUAAAAAAGCUCCACUACCACCAAAAAAUGCUAUCGCUGCUUCCACCACCACCAGCCAUAAGAGUAAUGAAGCACCUCAUGCUAAAAAAAAGGGAAAGGCUCCUGCUAAGCAGCCUCCUCUCCCACCGCCCAAGCCAACAAGUCACAGUGCAAAUCGAGAAGCUGCUAGUUCCUCUCAUGCAAAAAAACCACCAGUCUCCAAGUCCUCUUCAUCACCAUCUUCUUCGUCCACGUCAUCUCAUCCCAAAUCCUCUAAAGAGACUUCCAGCAAAUCGGGCACAUCAGGGACUCCCAGGGGCAAGAAAAAACCUGGGAAACAGUCAGGCCCACGAACAGCGCCGGAUGGGGCUGCUUCUUCCCCCUUGGGUGCCACAGCCUACAGGUUGGAAGCGAAAGCAGAAAAACCCAAGCCUGAGCAACCUUCCAUAGUAAUUUCUGAAAUGGAGGAAGCAGACCAACCGAGCAAGCUUGUUGUCCCCCCUCCUCCCACCGCUGCCCCUCCUCCACCUCCACUUCCACCUCCUUUUCCUGCUGCAGCCGGUCAGCCCGCUGUCUCCUCAGAUGCCCAAGAUGUGUCAGAUGGCUGCGUGGCGGGGCCAGCCAUCCCCGGAUCAGAUAUUAAACCUCUCCUCCAGACUGAGCAUGGCACAGAUGAGAGUCCGAGCAGCACGGCCCUAGACAGCAGCCCAGAUGCUAGUGGGGAAGACACAAAUAGCUUGGCUGCCAAAGAACACCAAGAAGUGGAGGCACCUGACCAGGCAUGCUCUGAAACAGUGGAGGAGGCUUCUGAUGCUGCUGCCCCUCCUGAGAGUGAAAGUAGCAGAGAGAGCCACAGCAGUGACUCAGACUCUGACGGACCUAUACUGUACACAGAUGAUGAUGAUGAUGAUGACGAUGAUGAUAAUGCAAGUGCUGAAAGCUCUUUGGCAAGUAAAAUUCGUCGCAGGGAUACUCUUGCUAUCAAACUUGGCAACAGACCAUCUAAGAAAGAAUUAGAAGACAAAAACAUCUUGCAGCGUACGUCUGAAGAGGAGAGGCAGGAAAUCAGACAUCAGAUUGGAACGAAGCUAGUGAGGAGACUUAGCCAGAGGCCUACAACUGAAGAGCUAGAGCAAAGAAAUAUCCUAAAGCAGAAGAAUGAAGAAGAGGAACAGGAAGCCAAAAGAGAAAUAAAACGUAGACUCAGUAGAAAGCUCAGCCUGAGGCCUACAGUGGCUGAACUUCAAGCAAGAAGAAUCCUUCGAUUUAACGAGUACGUGGAGGUCACGGAUUCUCCAGAUUAUGACCGUCGUGCCGACAAGCCUUGGGCCAGGUUAACUCCCGCAGACAAGGCAGCAAUACGGAAAGAACUGAAUGAAUUUAAAAGCACAGAAAUGGAAGUACAUGAGGAAAGUCGGCAAUUUACCAGGUGGGUGAACCCUUCUUCUUGU